AUGCUGUGUUUGUUUGCCACAACAGCAUUCUCACAAACCAGGGCAAUCACUGGAAUAGUGAGGGACGCAAAGGGAGAUCCCGUUCCUUUUGCCAGUGUUAAAAUUAAAGGUGGAAAAACAGGUGUGUCGGCCGAUGCCAAUGGUCAGUUUUCCAUCAAUGCAAAACAGGGCGAUGUGUUGGUAGUAUCUGCUACAGAUAUUACGGCAAAGGAAAUCACCGUAGGCGCAGGCAACAGCGUAGAAGUAUCUGUUGUUAGAUCACAGGCCAGUCUUAGUGAAGUGGUGGUAACAGCUUCCGGUAUUCGCCGGCAGGACAAAGCGCUGGGAUAUGCCAUCAGCAAAGUUGACCCCGAUGCGUUAUUGCAGAAAUCUGAGCCAGAUAUGUUAAAAAGCCUGCAGGGCAAGGUGGCCGGUGUAGACAUCAGGUCUUCACAGGGUACACCGGGUGCCGCUACCCGUAUUCAAAUCAGGGGUAAUUCAUCUUUCCAGAGUACACAGCCGCUGAUUAUUGUGGAUGGUGUACCUUAUAGCAAUACGCAGCUCACUACCAGCAGCCAGACAAGCGGCGGUACAGCUUAUGGCAGCGGUAUUGCCAACCUGGACCCCAAUGAUAUUGCUUCUAUGAACGUACUAAAAGGCGUAGCCGCCUCUUCCUUGUACGGCUCAAGGGCCGCCGCAGGGGUGGUGGUAAUUACUACCAAAUCCGGAAGCGCGUCAAGAGGUAAAAAAGGCGUGGGUAUUAAUGUAAGAUCUUCAGUAUCGUGGGAGAAUGUAGCCAACCUGCCCAAAUACCAGAACGAUUACGGUACCGGUGCACAGUUUGGUUAUUCCAACUCAAACGGUUCCUGGGGCCCAGCUUUCAAAAACCUGGAUUCUAUUCCUGCCUGGCCCGAUUACAAGGCAGCUUAUCCUGAGCUGUUUCCCUCCGCCAAUAUUAAAUACAGGGCUUAUCCCAAUAACGUAAAAGAUCUUUUCAAAACCGGUAUGCUCUAUGAAAAUUCUGUGGGCCUCACCGGAGGUGAUGACAAGAGCUCAGUAGCCCUUACCCUGUCUAACCUUAGCCAGAGUGGUUAUGUAGAAAACUCUGAUUAUGGAAGAAACAAUAUUGGUUUGGGCGGGCAGACUAAAUUAAAAGACUGGAUCACCGUGGGUGGAAACUUCAGCUAUACCCGUUCCAAGCAAAAAGGUGGCUAUUUUGGAGAAAACCAGGUAGACGGUGCUUCUUCGCUGUUUGCAAGAACCCUGUUCCUGGGCCGCAACUGGGAUUUGAAUCUUCCCUACCAGGAUAAACUGGGCAAGCCCCUUACUCCUAAUGGUGGUGGUCAGUUUGAUAACCCGCGCUGGGCUGCGUUGAAUAAUGUGGCUACUACCUAUGAAGAAAGAACUGUAGCUGGUGCCCGCGCUGAAGUGAAAGUAAACAGCUGGAUAAAAAUCAAUUAUAAUUUCGGUGCCAAUACAAGCACCAUCAACCGUAAGGAAAUUACCGAAAUCAACUCGCGUGCUGCUUCCGGUUUGGGAAGAUUGAUAGUGGAUAAUUACAGGCUGCAGGAGCUGGAGUCGGUGCUGUUGCUGACACUUAAUCCCAAGUUAAACGAGGAUUUCGAUCUAAGGGUCAUACUGGGCAACGAAAUCAACCAGCGUACUACUACCCGGGAAGUAAACCAGGGAGAUCAGUUUAUUGUGCCUGGCCUCUAUACAUUGCCGAAUACAAAAACACAGGCUUUUGGAACAGAUGCUUAUUCACGGAGAAGAUUGCUGGGGUAUUAUACAGACAUAACCCUUGGGUAUAAAAAUUAUGCAUUUCUGAACGUUUCCGGAAGAAUGGAUAAGUCUUCUACACUGCCGGUAAAGAACAAUACUUAUUUCUAUCCGCAGGCUUCUUUGUCGCUGGUGUUUACUGAUGCGUUUAACUUGAAAACCAGCUGGCUUGAUUUUGGUAAAGUAAGGGCUUCCUGGGCAAGGGUGGGUAAUGAUGCCAACCCCAACUCUAUUGAGGAUGUAUUUGUUGUGGGCACUAAUUUUCUUGGGCAGCCAACAGCCUCCAGAUCCGGUACCACCUAUGAUCCUAAUUUAACACCAGAAUUUACCAAUGAAAUAGAACUGGGAACCAACCUGUCUUUCUGGAAAAGAAGGAUCAACCUUGAUCUGUCAGUGUACCGUAAGAUCAGUACCAACCUGAUUGCGCCCGUGUCCUUACCGGAGUCUGCAGGUUACACCCAGCUGUAUACCAAUUUUGGCGAAAUCAGCAAUAAGGGUAUCGAAAUUGAUUUAACAGUAAGACCUAUUCAGACCAAAUCAUUUACAUGGGACAUCCAUGGGGCUUUCACCAAAAACAAAAAUAUUGUUGUAAAACUUAAAGAAGGUAUUGACCGCUUUGCUACAGGGGGCGUAUUAACUUCUAUUUCUCCUUAUUUUGAAGCAGGCAUGCCUUAUGGCUACCUGCGUGGUACCAAAUCUUUACGGGAUGCCAAUGGCAACCUGCUGAUCAAUCCCGCUACCGGUGGUAUGAUUGUAGCCGAUGACCAGGGAAUGAUUGGAGACCCCAACCCGGAUUACAAACUGGGUAUUACCAACAGCUUCUCCUACAAAGGUUUUUUCCUGAAUGCCUUGUUUGAUAUGACCAAGGGAGGCGAUUUGUAUUCUGUAACAGUAACUUCAGAAUUGGGCAGGGGUGUAACACAGGAUACCAAAGACAGGGAAACCUCCUGGGUAAUACCUGGAGUAUACGGAGACCCCAAUACCAAGCAGGCCAUACUGGUGGGCGGUAAAACAGUACCCAACCAGACCCGUAUAACUACCAAUGAUUUGUAUUUUUCUCCCAAUGCCAACAACGGUGCCACUUUUGGUAUCAAUACCGCUACAGAAUGGAAUGUGUAUGAUGCCACGGUGUACCGCCUGCGCGAAGUAACACUGGGUUAUGAAUUGCCUAAAAAAUUGUUUAAGAAAUUGCCCUUUAACACUGUUACUGUAAGCAUGAGCGGAAGAAACCUUUGGUUCCUGGCGCCCAAUUUCCCUAAGUACAGCAAUUUUGAUCCUGAAGUAAAUUCUUAUGGUGCAACGAAUAUUCAGGGUAUUGAACUAUCUGCGGCGCCUACUACACGCAGGUAUGGUGUUAACCUGAAUGUUACUUUUUAA